AUGGAGCAUGCCACGGGUGCACCAGAUAAAACAACAUACGAUGAAGCCCGGAAUGGCGCCGCCGCAUAUCUACAAUCGAGACUUUCGGCAAAGGAUCCUGUCGCUGAUGAGAACUUUAAGAUACCCAUAAUUGAUCUGACACCCUCCUUCUCCGUGUCUCUUGAACACCGUAAAGCAGUUGCAGCCCAGAUUCGUCAAGCAUGUACAACCUCUGGGUUCGCCUACGUCACCAAUCACCAAAUACCCGAAGCAGCCUGUAACGGAAUCUUGCGCCAGGCCGAACGCUUUGUGCAUGAGCUUCCGCAGAACAAGAAAGGAAAGCUACAUGUGAAGAAUAACAGGUUCGGCCUGGGGUGGGAGCCAAGCGAAUACACAUCUAUUGCUGGUGACAAAGAAGAGAAAGAUGUGUUCAACUUCGCAUACGAAGCAGCGCUUGAUCCAACCGGUGGCGAUGGAAAGUACAGGAACCUUGACGGGUCGGCAGGUAACGGCAAUAUGUGGCCAAACGAGCAAGAUUUGCCAGGAUUUUACGAUAGCGUCAAAGAUUACUAUGGCGCUGUCCUCGGUCUCGCCCGUCAUUUAUUCCGGCUCUUCGCGCUCUCGCUCGAUCUACCCGAGGACUACUUCGACUCCAUGACCACGCACCCCGGUGGCAUCGCACGACUCCUCUACUACCCACCUCCUAAAACCCCUCUUAUUGAUGAUCUUACACCAAGUCAAGAAGACCAAAUCGGCCUCGGCGCGCAUUCAGAUUAUGAGUGCUUCACCUUGCUCCUCACAUCCACUACGCCAGGUCUCGAGAUCCUCAAACCUUCAGGUCAAUGGCAUAUUGCUUCGCACAUCCCUGGUGCCCUCAUCGUCAACGUUGCUGAUUUCUUGAUGCGCUGGACGAAUGGGUUGUAUAAAAGCACGGUACACCGAGUCAACUAUGACACGAUGAUUGAGACAUUACCGACGUGUCUGAAAGAGGGUGAAGAAAGUCGAUGGAAGCCGAUCCGGGCGGGAGAGUACAUUCUUGAGAGGCUGAAUGCUACGACGGAAUAUGGUGCAGGCUUUCAGCAUCCCAGAUCAUUGUAA